AUGGUAGUGUUAGCCCGUGGGUUGGCGGGGGUAUGUCGUAGCUUGUGCCGGCAGGUGGUGGGGGCGGCGGGGCUGCACGGGGCGAGUCCCGUGCGCAGGCGCCGCUACUCCACAUGCCCCGACGGAAUGAAGGUCACUGUCUGCGGAGCCGCCGGCUGCACAGGGCAGCCACUGGCACUAAUGUUAAAGCAGUGCCCGCUGAUCGACGAGGUGGCGCUGUAUGACCAGUGCGCCACAUGCGGCUUCGGGAUGGAGCUGAGCCACGUGGACACCCGCCCCAAGAUUUCCUCCUACUCCGGCAAGCACAUGCUCUGUGAUGCGCUUAAGGGAUCAGCAAUAGUGGUAAUAGUAGCCCGUGGGACAUGCGACACGUUUGAGGAGAAUGCACCGAUAUUGUCAGAAAUUGCACUUCAAAUCUGCAAUGUUUGCCCCUCGUGUUUCAUAAUAAUAGGCACGGAGCCGGUGGAGAGUUUAGUCCCACUGGUGGGCGAGAUCCAGCGGCUGCGCAGCUGCUACAACCCGCGCAAGCUGUUGGGCUGCGUCGAGCUCAACUGCGUGCGCGCUAACACCGUGCUAGCCGACUUCCUGCGCGUGCCGCCCGAGUCCGUGCGCGUGCCGGUUAUAGGUGGCGCCACCCCACAAACGAUGGUUCCCCUGCUUUCCACGGCUAUACACCCGUGCUCUAUGACUCAAGAGCAGGUGGAAUGUGUGACGUCAUGCAUCAUGGGCGGUACAGAGGCGGUAUGCGCCUCCAAGGGAUGCAAGACCGCGACGCCGUGUCUAGCCGGCGCAUAUGCCAUCGCACGCGUCACUAUCAACGUCGUCAAGGGACUGCAAGGCACCAAGGUCCUGCAGUGCGCAUACGUCGACAGUCUCGGCCUGUGUGCGCCGGACAUACAGUUCUUUGCUAGUGAGAUUAUGCUGGGUACAUCAGGCGUGGAGAAGAACUUGGGCGUCCCGGAACUGUCCAAGUUUGAGAACUGCCUGCUGUGUAACGCGCUGCCUUAUGUCCGCAACGAACAAGCCAGGGCCGUUUGGCUGGUGUACUCGAUGUGCCAGAGGUGCUGCUCAAAGUCCUGCAACAAGCACCCGAAAACGUGCUACACACCGCCCGCAGUGCCGUGCGUGCCGCCCACCAACUGGACCUGCGAAUGUCCCGACGCCUGCCGCGACGAGUACCUGGCUUCGAUCUGUCGCGAGAUGACCUGUCGCUGUGGCAGUACAGAGCUCUGCUGGCGUCCACGCGAGACUGACUACGACGCGGCGCGCGCAUCCAAUCUGACGCACCAGAUGCCCGUCGAGGGACCCUGCUCCGUAUUCGCUACGCCGAGGAGCGUCGCCAUCCAACAGUGCAUCAGGGACAAGUCUAGAAACCCCUGCUUGUCUAAUAUGUAG